CCAAUCAAAACCCCUCGCGAAUUGCAGUGGGCGCCGCCGCCGCCGACCCGCGAUGCCGUCGAUCGCCGGCGCCGGAGGCGGGGGCCUCUUCUCCGUGCACCGGGCCGUGGCCAGCUGGCGCCUCCGCGGCGGCCGGCGCAUUCUCCUCCCCCAGCGCCCGCUCUACUCGUCCCUCGCCGCCGGCGGGGGCGGCCGCGGAGAUGACGCGACGCCGCAUCUUCCCGUGGUCAUCGUCGGAGCUGGCCCCGUCGGGCUCGUCCUCUCCUUCCUCCUCGCCAAAUUCGGGAUCAAAUGCGCGGUUCUAGAGAAGAAUGUGGAGUUCACUAGGCACCCGCGAGCGCAUUUUAUCAACAACCGCACCAUGGAGAUCUUCCGCAAAUUGGACGGAUUGGCUGGGGACAUUGAGAAGUCUCAGCCACCAGUGGAUUUAUGGAGGAAAUUUGUGUAUUGCACCUCACUCUCUGGCUCGAUUCUCGGUUCAGUUGAUCACAUGAAGCAGGAAGAUUUUGACAAGGUAAUUAGUCCUAUAUCGGUCGCUCACUUUUCGCAGCACAAGUUAGUAGAUUUGCUACUGAAGAAGCUGGAAGACAUUGGCUUUCAGGCAUGCUUGCCUGAUGAGAUUGGUAGCUCAACUCAAGAUUUGGUGUUGGAAAAUAAGAUUUUGAUGGGCCAUGAGUGUAGUUCCAUUAAAGUGACCGACAGUGGCGUUUUGAUUGGAGCAUCAUUUAACAAAGCGGGGAGGAUGCAGGAAAGGAAAAUUCGCUGUGGGCUUGUUCUAGGGACAGAUGGUGCUAGAAGCACAGUGCGUGAAUUGGCUGGAAUACAUAUGAAAGGUCAAAGGGAUUUGCAGAAACUAGUCAGUGUGCAUUUUCUGAGCAGAGAACUUGGCAAGUAUUUAUCUCGAGAGAGGCCGGGGAUGCUAUUCUUUAUUUUCAAUCCUGAUGCAAUUGGCGUGCUGGUUGCACAUGACCUGGAACAUGGAGAAUUCGUAUUGCAGAUUCCAUUUUAUCCUCCCCAGCAGAUGUUUGAAGAUUUCAGCACAAAGGUAUGUGAGGAAAUUAUAGUCAAAUUGGUUGGCUGGGAGCCAACAGAUGUUCAUGUUUUAGACAUAAAACCGUGGGCGAUGCAUGCUGAAGUUGCAGAGAAAUACAUUGGUUGUGACAAUCGUAUAAUCCUUGUUGGUGAUGCUGCUCAUCGUUUUCCUCCUGCCGGUGGUUUCGGAAUGAACACUGGUGUCCAAGAUGCACACAAUUUGGCUUGGAAAUUGUGCUUAGUGCAGAACGGUGUUGCUUCACCAUCAAUAUUACAAACUUAUGAAUCAGAGCGCCGACCUGUUGCCAUUUUCAAUACAGAACUUAGUGUGGAAAACUUCAAAGCAGCAAUGUCUAUCCCUUCCACCCUUGGUCUUGAUCCAACCGUUGCAAACUCAGUGCAUCAAGUAAUUAACAGCACCCUAGGAUCUGUCAUUCCAAGAAAGUUGCAGAAGACAGUUUUGGAGGGAUUGUUUUCAAUUGGUCGGGCACAACUUUCAGACUAUAUUUUAAAUGAGAAAAAUCCCCUUGGAUCCUCGAGAUUAGCAAGAUUGAGAAGCAUUCUUGAUGAAGGGAAAAGCCUGCAGCUGCAGUUCCCGGCAGAGGAUCUUGGCUUCCGAUAUGAGUUAGGAGCGCUUGAUGCUGAAGAUUGUGCUGAAACCACUUAUGAAGCAGAAAAGCAGAAGCAUUCUAAGAGGUCAAGAGAAUACGUCCCCUCUGCUAAGGCUGGUUCACGGCUUCCACAUAUGCCAAUGAGAGCAUUGUCGACUUCAAACGAGGCCGUGUUCUCAACAUUGGAUCUAGUAACUGGGGAUAAGCCUGAGUUCGCUCUAAUUAUUGCUCCGUUGAAAGAGUCGUAUGAGCUUGCUCGUGCUCUGCUGAAGAUAGUAGAUGAAUUCAAAAUAUCAGCCAAAAUUUGUGUUAUAUGGCCACGUGGUUCAGUUGAUGCUAAAGUGAAAGGAAGCAGAUCUCAGUUGGCACCCUGGACAAACUACGUUGAUGUCGAAGAAAUACCUAGAGCUCCUGUUAAUUCUUGGUGGGAGAUGUGUCAAAUAACUAGGAAAAGUGUGAUUUUGGUUAGGCCUGAUGAGCAUAUAGCAUGGAGAACAGAAUCUGACAGGGUGGGAGAUGCUGAUUCAGAAGUUAGGAGAGUAUUUUCUAAAGUUGUGUGUAUAACAAGGCCCAUUUAGUAAAUUACGUGGUACCAGUGACGGUAAGUGUAUUUAGGGAUCUCAGCUGCACGAUGUAACAUUGCAGAGCAAUACAGUUAUGAUGCAUUUUGCAACAAAAAUUACCAUGCAAUGAAUUUCACUGCCACUUGCAAUGGCAAAAUACGCUGAAUCGCUGAUUACCUAGUAAUAAAUAUGAUCUGAAAGAGGAUGUGCCA